AUGGGCAGAGAGAAUGUAGGGAGGGGGGACAGGGGACGGGGCAGGGGUGGGGGUGGUAGGGGCAGGGACAGGGACCAGGCCAGGGAGGGCACCCAGGAGGUGCGGAGGCUGGGCUUCAAGGCCCUGGAGGAGCUGGUGGGGAAAGAGCCCUCCGAAGUGGCCAUCACGCUGUCCUCCAGCCCCGGCCUGCUGCUCCUCCUGGAGGAGAAGACCAUGGGCCAUGGCAUGAUCCAGCUGCUCUGCCAGGCCCUGGCCAAGGCUGUGGGCUCCAGAAGCGACCGGCGCAUCGUCCAGCACCUCGCCGGCGUGGUGAAGGACUCGGGCUUCCUUCGCUCGAUCCUCCCCCACUACAUCGUGGGCAUGAUCACGGACCACGCCCGGGCCCGCCGCGCCCAGUACGCCCAACACCUGGGCAGCAUCGUGGGCCUGCUCGGGGACAUGCUCGCCAUCUUCCCGGCCAGCUCCGUGCAGGUCACCUCCAUGCUGGUGGCCCUCCUAGGGCCAGCCAUCAACGGUCUCCGAGCCUCGGGGGAAGAUAUCUCCGACCAGGUGGAGCAGAACCUGGAGAAGAUCCAGGGCUUGGUGAACCACCUUCAGGAGAAAGCCAGGGACGGGACCCUGAGGUCGGACAACUACACCUUCCUGGAUCCCGAGCAGGAUGCCCCGCCCGGGGAAGGCGACUUCCGCACCAUGACCAUCUACCCAACGCCCGAGGAGAUCCACCAGGACCAGAAGCCCUUCCUACGGCCCAACAUCACCUCCUGCAGCUACCCCAGCGGCCAGGUGUACCUGGACACCCACUUCCGUCUGCUGAGGGAGGACUUUGUGCGUCCGCUACGCGAGGGAAUCCGUGAGCUUCUGCUCAGCUACCAGGAGGAGAGCCUGGGCCAGGUGCCGGUGAAGAGGAAGCGAUUCGAUGACAUCAGGGUUUACUUCGACACCCGUCUGCUGGUGCCUCUGUGCACUCCGACAGGCACCGCGUACAAGGUCCAGUUUGACCCAAGCCCUUUGAAGUUUGUGCGCUGGCAGAACUCCAAGCGGCUCCUGUACGGCUCCCUGGUCUGCCUGUCGCGGGACAACUUUGAGACCUUCCUGUUCGCCACGGUGUCGGACCGGGACCCGGCCGAGCUCCAGAAGGGCGAGGUCCAGCUCCGGUUCUGCCAGGACAGCCGUCCGGCGCUGGCCGCGGUCCGGGUGUCCGACUCCUUCCUCAUGGUGGAGACCACGGCCUAUUUCGAGGCCUACCGCCACGUUCUGGAGGGGCUGCAGGAACAGGAAGUGGAAGACUUGCCCUUCCAGAGGUACAUAGUGGAGUGCAAGACGGAUGUGGCCCCUCCUGCCUACCUCAUUGUUGAGGAUAUAUACGACUUGGCGCCCAUAGCAACCCCUGAGUUUAAGGGUGAGCUCCGGCACUUCAGUGUCCGAGACCCCCUCGCCUGGCCCCCCAAGGAAUACCUGGGCUUGGACGAGUCACAGAUGAGGGCCCUCAAAUUAGCGCUCACCAAGGAGUUCGCCAUCAUCCAGGGACCCCCCGGCACAGGAAAGACUUACGUGGGGCUCAAGAUUGCCCAGGCUCUUCUGACCAACUCUGAAUUAUGGCAGCAAGGUGAUGCCAACUUGCCAGUGCUGGUCGUCUGUUACACCAAUCACGCGCUGGACCAGUUCCUGGAAGGGAUCCACAGCUUUCUGGAGGACGGGAUUGUGCGGGUCGGGGGCCGCAGUAACAGCGAGGUCCUGAAGCGCUUCACCCUCCGGGAGCUGACCGGGGGUCCCAGCUUCCGCCGGGGCCUGCCCGCCCACCUGCGCCGCGCCCACUACGAGAUCAGCACGGAGCUGGGGCAGGCGGAGCAGAAGAUGGUGCAGCAGGCCAGUCAGCUGGAGUGCAGUCUGAGGGGAGUGCUGCACGAGCAGUACCUGGAGCUCUUCAUCUCCGAGAGGCACUGGGACAGCCUGCGUCUGCAGCCCAUGUGGGACGGGUGGGAGUGCUACGGAACGAAGCAGUCCCUGAUCCUGGAGUGGCUGGGCCUGGGCUCCUCUGAGUUCCAGCAGAGAGAACGGCACCCUAACGCUGAGAAUGCUGUUCCAGAGGAGGAAGAGGAAGACCCAGAUCAGGAGGAAGAAGAUGAACUGGUGGAGGUGGAAGAAGAGGCAGAGCUGAUCCAGGCGGAGCGCAUCAUUGAAGAGGCGGAGUUUCCGGGCAUGGGUGGGAAGAAGAAGAAGAGUAAAACGGAAAUGGCGGUGAAAGUGCUGGAAGGAAUGAUGUUAGCGCUGAGCCUGAACCGCACCGAGAGAGACCCUGUGAUGAGCACGGACGGCUGGCAGAUGCAGAAAGCGCAGAGGAAGAAGAUGAAGCAGCGGAUCCGCAGGGAGCUGGUGAAGAGCACGGCCAUGAGCGAUGAAGAGGAGGAAGCCCUGCACGACGUGUGGAUCCUCCCACUGCAAGAGCGCUGGAGACUCUACCGACUGUGGCUUUGGCGGUACCAGACGGACAUGCGGACGCGGGCGCUGCAGUCGGAGCAGGCCUACCAGGACGCGGCCGAGCGGCUCGGCGAGAUUCGGCUGCGGCAGGACCUGUGCGUCCUGCGGGAGGCGCGCGUGAUCGGCAUGACGACCACGGGGGCCGCCAAAUACCGACGGACCCUGCAAGAGAUCGGGCCCCGCGUCAUCAUCGUCGAGGAGGCCGCCGAGGUCCUGGAGGCUCACACCAUCACCACCCUGAGCCGCGCCUGCCAGCACCUCAUCCUCAUUGGAGACCACCAGCAGCUGCGCCCCAGCGCCACCGUGUACGAGCUGGCUAAGAACUUCAACCUGGAGGUGUCCCUGUUCGAGAGGCUCGUCAAGCUCGAUUUCCCCUUCGUCCGACUCAACUACCAGCAUCGAAUGCGGCCUGAAAUCGCCCGUCUUCUGACGCCGCACAUCUACACCGAGCUGGAGAACCACCCGUCUGUGCUCGAGUACGAAAACAUCAAGGGGCUACUCACCAACCUGUUCUUUGUGGAGCACCAGUACCCUGAAGAGGAGAUCCAAGAUGGCCGGAGCCACCAGAACCGGCACGAGGCGAUGUUCGUGGUGGCCCUCUGCAAGUACCUCCUGUGCCAAGACUACCAGCCCUCCCAGAUCACCAUCCUCACCACCUACACCGGUCAGCUGCACUGCCUGCGCAAGCUGCUCCCGGCCGCCGAGUUCGCCGGGGUGAAAGUGCACGUGGUGGACAAGUACCAAGGCGAGGAGAACGACAUCAUCCUGCUCUCCCUGGUCCGCAGCAACCCGGAGGGGCGGGUGGGCUUCCUCCAGAUCGCCAACCGCGUGUGCGUGGCCUUAUCCCGCGCCAAGAAGGGCCUGUACUGCGUGGGGAACCUGGCCAUGUUCGGCAGGGUGCAGCUCUGGAGCGGCAUCCUUCACACCCUGCGGGAGGGCGGGCAGGUGGGACCCGCCCUCACCCUGAGCUGCCAGAACCACCCAGGGACCCGCGCCCAGGUCGCCCGCGCCGAAGACUUCCGCCAGGCCCCCGAGGGCGGCUGCUCCCUGCCCUGCGAGUUCCGGCUGGACUGCGGGCACGUGUGCACCCGGGUCUGCCACCCCUACGACGCCGACCACAAGAAGUUCCAGUGCCGCAAGCCCUGCCCGAAGAUCCUCUGCGAGCUGGGCCACCGCUGCCCGGACCUGUGCUACCACCAGUGCGACGACUGCCGCGUGCUGGUGGAGAAGGUCAUCCCCGGGUGUCGGCACAAGCAGAUGGUGCCCUGCCACCUGGACCCGCUGGACUUUGAGUGCCAGAUGCCCUGCCAGAAGACGCUGAAGUGCGGCCACCCUUGCGCCAACUCCUGCGGGGAGGUGUGCACUGUCCGCUGCGCCGUGCCCGUCUCCAGGGAGCUGCGGUGCGGCCACCGCCAGGAGGACGCCUGCCACUACGGCCACUCCCCCGCCGGCGAGCCCCCCUGCCGGACCCCCUGCGGGGCCACCCUGGCCUGCGGGCAUCCCUGCCCCGGCACCUGCGACGAAUGCCACCAGGGCCGCUUCCACCGGCCGUGCAGGAAGGCCUGCGGGCGCAUGCUGGUCUGCUCGCACCCGUGCGCCGAGCCCUGCACCGCCGAGUGCCCUCCCUGCCGUCAGCCGUGCCAGAACCGCUGCGUCCACAGCGUCUGCCGGAAGGCCUGCGGGCAGCCCUGCGCUCCCUGCGUGGAGCCCUGCGCCUGGCAGUGCCCGCACCUCCACUGCAGCCGGCUCUGCCACGAGCCCUGCGACCGGCCGCCCUGCAACCGCGCCUGCGGCAAGGCCCUGCCCUGCGGACACCCCUGCAUCGGGCUCUGCGGCGAGCCCUGCCCCGACCGCUGCCGCGUCUGCCACCACGAGGAGGUCACCGAGAUCUUCUUCGGCGAGGAGGAGGACCCCCAGGCCCUCUUCAUCCAGCUCGAGGACUGCAGGCACAUCUUCGAGUCGGCCGCCAUGGACCGCUACAUGGCCAUGGGCGGCCAGGACGGCGAGCAGGAGGAGCAGGCGGCCAUCCGGCUGAAGGAGUGCCCGCGCUGCCGCACCCCGGUCCGCCGGAACCUGCGCUACGGAGCCCACGUCAACCGCUGCCUGGCCGAGAUCGAGGCCGUCAAGGCCAAGGUCAAGGGCUCGCCCGUCCAGAUCGAGCUCCAGCGCAUGCAGCUGCUGGAGCUGGUGAAGAGGAAGGCCGACCUCCGCCGGCACCUCCCCGCCGAGCUGGCGGAGCUCCGGGAGCAGCUGGAGCGCCGGGACCUCGCCCUCCGCGACCUGUGGGUGCUGGAGAACCGCGCCGCCUUCCUGGAGAGCUUGGGCCGGCAGAUGGGCACCGUGGAGCGCAUGUCCGAGGUGGACGGAUGCAGAUUCGCCCGGAGGGUGGGGGAGUGCCGCCGGUGGCUGGCCCACCCCCGGACCCGCUUCUCCGAGCAGCAGGCCUUGGACCUGCAGAACGAGACGCUCCGGCUGGCCUGCCUGGCACAGCUCAACAUCCUUUGCAAGCAGGCCGUCCGCGGGGUCUCGGAGGCACGUGCCGAAAUCGACGCCCUCAGGGCCCUGCUGGAGGGGACGGCCCCCUUCUCCCAGAGCGACGAGCAGGAGGCCAAGAGGGCGCUGAAGGAGCUGGUGAAAAAGUUGCCGUGCACAGGGCUGGGCAUCACAGACAAGGAGCGCGUCAUGAUUGUGAAGGCCAUCGGCCUAGCCAAGGGGCACUGGUACAAGUGCCCCAGUGGGCACGUCUACGCCAUCGGGGACUGCGGAGGGGCCAUGGAGAGGGGAACAUGCCCAGAAUGCAACGUAAGUAUCGGCGGGAUGAGCCAUGCCCUGGAAAGUGGGAACGCGGUGGCGACAGAGAUGGACGGCGCCCAGCACGCCGCCUGGUCCGAGGCUGCCAACCUCCUGAACUUUGACCCUGAGCAACUGCAGCUGUGAAACUCCUGAACUUUGACCUUGAGCAAAUGCAGCUGUGAAACUCCUGAACUUUGACCUUGAGCAAAUGCAGCUGUGAAACUCCUGAACUUUGAGCUUUGCCGGCUGUUUAAACGUCACAGCGAAAUGUGUGUCUGUAAGUAUCUGGACAGUGACAGCACUUUGAAGGGCUGUAAUUCCUGCAGGGUUCACUUCUUACUGUCCAAAUACUUAUGGACUUCACUAUAAGUCAGUAAUAAGAACAAGAAUAGUCUAUUCAGCCCAUACAUGCUUAUCUUUUGCAUACAACAUUUUCUUCCUGUGCUGAUUUUAGUAUAUCUUCCCUCUUGUGGGAUUCUUCUUAUGAAUUUGCCUCUAAAAGCAGUAUAUCUAGAGGGACUUCCAAAGCUUCCUGGGUAUUUCACAGAAGCGGGUUCAGGUUAAGCACUGUUCUCCCAGCUACAAUGGCACUGCCCGCCUAUAUUCUAUAAAAGAGUUACAAGUUCUGUUCCUAUCCAUUACCCCACGGUGUUCCACGAUAUGUGUAGAUUGAGAACCUCCACCAUACAAAACAGGACAUGGAAUGUUUGCACAGUUUUAAUAUAAAAAAAACAAUUUAGGAAUACAAAUGCACCAAGGCGGUGUUCCGUAUUUCAUUAAACUGAUUGCCUCCCUUUUAGGAUGCUUUCUAAUGAAUUGCAACAAUAUGUUAACUUUUGAUGAAAUAAACCCCAGGGUUUAACAGACAGUACUGACACACUGGAGACUUAUUUUAUGCUUUUAUUUAAUGUACUUGUGCCUUAAAAAUCUUACUGGAAUAUAACUUGCAGUUAUCAUUGCUGAAUCAUUGGUGAAUAUUUAAUUAGAAUUUUAAUUCAAUGCAAGGUCCUAUGCAGUAGCAGUAGUAGAAGAUUUGAAGGGCUGUUUACAUGUCAAAAGCAAUGUAAGAAGACAUGGAAAGGCUUUCCUUGCAUGGAAUGGCUUUCAUUUGAUCUACUUAACCUUAAUACUUGAACCCAUUUGAAUUACUGAUUAUCCAUUCACAGUGGCUGACAAUAAUGAUGAAAGUUUCACCCAUUUUCUGUAGAUCAUUCAAAAUAGACAGACCUUGUGAAUGUAAGGAUGGCAAGAGAAGACUGCACUUUUCAAAUUAAAACCUUUUAUUUUCCUCUUA